AUGUUUGUGACGUCGCUCGUAUCGCCAUGGGCGCUUCUCCUCCUUCCAGUCCUUUACUUCCUCCUUCCAUAUCUCCGGAACUGGUCUCUCAUGAAGGUUCCUGGCCCUCUGCCGGCCGCCCUUUCAAAUUUGUGGUUGAUGUAUCAAUGCCGGCGCGGACGGAGAUAUAAGGCUGUCGACGAACUGCACAAGAAAUACGGCAAGGUUGUGCGGAUUCAGCCGAACCAUGUCUCGAUCGCGGAUGACAGCGCCAUCAAUAUCAUCUAUGGCCAUGGCAAUGGAUUCCUGAAGAGUGAAUACUACGACGCCUUCGUGUCCAUCCGCCGCGGCCUGUUCAACACUCGUGACAGGGCAGAGCACACUCGCAAGCGCAAAGUCGUCUCUCACACCUUCUCCGCCAAGUCCAUUGGCCAAUUCGAACAGUACAUCCACGCCAACUUGGAGCUGUUUGUCCAAAAAUGGAGAAACCUCUCUAACAACAAGAGCAACCCGCAAACCGGCUAUGCGUCAAUUGAUUCCUUGAACUGGUUCAACUACCUCGCCUUCGACAUCAUUGGCGACCUUGCAUUUGGACAGCCAUUCGGCAUGCUGGAGAAGGAAAAGGAUAUCGCAGAAAUUCGCAAGUCCCCAGACGCUCCCCCAACUACGGCCCCAGCAAUUGAAGUCCUGAAUCGUCGAGGUGAGGUGUCAGGCACAUUGGGAUGCCUCCCGCAACUGAAACCCUACGCAAAAUACCUCCCCGACCCAUUCUUCAGCCGAGGCGUCGAAGCGGUGGAGAACCUUGCAGGCAUCGCCAUUGCCCGAGUCCAGCAGCGAUUGGAGAAUCCUAACACCGACCGAGUGGACCUCCUUGCCCGUCUCAUGGAAGGCAAAGACGCGAACGGCGCGAAACUUGGGCGCGAAGAGUUGACCGCCGAGGCCCUCACGCAACUCAUUGCUGGAUCCGAUACCACAUCCAAUACGGCCUGUGCAAUCUUGUACUAUGUCGUACGCACCCCAGGUGUCAUUGAGAAAUUGCAAAAGGAACUUGACGCAAACAUCGGCCCCGGUGUUCCCCAGUACGAGCAGGUUAGGGACCUCGAGUAUGUGCAGUGGGUAAUUAACGAGACCAUGCGCAUUCACUCCACCUCCUCGCUCGGCCUCCCCCGUCUCACUCCCAUGCCAACGCCCGAGAACCCCAAUCCCAAACCCGUCGAAAUCCUUGGUUACACUUUCCCUCCCGGCACUGCCCUGUCCGUCCCCUCAUACACGAUCCACCACUCCAAGGAGAUAUGGGGUGCAGACGCCGACGAAUUCGUCCCCGAGCGCUGGUCUGAAAAGCGACUGACGCCGCGACAAAAGGAGGCGUUCAUUCCCUUCUCCGUCGGGCCCAGAGCCUGUGUCGGCAGGAACGUCGCCGAAAUGGAACUGAAGUGCAUGGUCGCGUCGAUCUUCAGGAACUUUGAGUUCAGAGAUGAGCACGAGGGCCCGUUGCAGACAAGGGAGGGCUUCCUCAGAAAGCCUCUGGGAUUUAAUGUUGGCAUCCGGGUCAGAGCUAAUGCUUGA